AUGUUGCCAAACCCCGGGAGCCUGGACCCGUCUGGCCGCAACUACGGCGGACAGUUUGCACCAAGUCAGGGUCAAGCAGGGAACAGCAUCUAUGGCAUUGGAGGAAACAUCCCUGUCCAGCAUACAUACCCUGGCCUGCAGGGCAACCUUGUUGGGGCAAGACCCGGCUUUGGGGGCCCUCCUGUGUCCUCAGGCUUUCAGCAAGUUCAGCAGGCGGACAGAUUCGGGGCUGGAGGCCUGGGACCAGGUGCCCUUCAGCAUUUGGGACAGUAUGGGCAGUCAAAUCGAGGGCUUACAGGGCACCCACUGGGGCUGGCAGGCUUCAACAACAACUCGGCAGCCAACAGGGGCACGCUGGGCGCCCAAAUCGGGCUACCCAAUCAGGGGCUUGCCAACGCUGGUGUGAGGCCCAUGCUGGAUAGGCCCGCAGGAGUCAUGAACUCAAACUUCCCAGCCUUUGGGGGGACAAUGGCAAACCCUGCACAGGUUGCAGGCCUCUCUGGGCUGCAAUGGUCAGGUGGCAGUGGGCAAGGUGCAGCCGGCCUGGGCAUUGGUGCGAUGAGUGGCCGUCCUGGGAUCCGCAAUCUUGGGGGAAUUGGCGCAACGAUUGGAGGAGGCAUCCAGAGGGACAUGGGCAUGCAGCGAGGGAUGCCACUGGGGGGUAACAGUGGAGGCGUCAGUGGCCUGAUGCACCCUGGCAUCGCCCAGCAGAACAACACACCUAUCCCCUCACAGGACCUGCUGGCGAUCAUGAAUCGGUCCAACCCUCGAACGCCCGGGAUGCCCUCAGGGCUGCUCAACUUCAGUCAGAUGCCUGGCGCUGGCCAGGGCGUGUCGAACACACCUGGAGGUGCUGGCAUGCUCAACAAUGCUGCGCACAUGAGCUUCAUGUCCCAGCAACAACAGCAGCAGCAGCAGCAACGAAUGGGAUCUGGAGGCCCACUGGGUUUCAAUGGCUUGGACCAGCACCAGAGGGUGUCUGGUCCCGUUGGCGAGCCCCCCAAGUUCCACGACGCCAGCGAUUUCCCUUCGCUCACGCCCAAGGCACCCUCGAUGGCCCAGGGUAUGCGGCCAACACAGAUGGGGCUAAUCGACAGCCAACCGGGAUCGCUGUUGGGCCAGCCACAGAAGUCCAGCGGGGACCCCAGUGGCUUCUCCAUCCAGAAGGAAGAUUUCCCUGCCCUGCCCCGAGCCAUGGACCAAGGGGUCCAGCCUGUCGGUGAUGAACGAGCCAUAGGCCAGCGAGUGGCCAAUCAGGGUCAAGUGCCUGUGGCCCGGGCGGCCCUGAGGGUUUCCCAGCCCACGGCAUCCGUCGUGGAUCAGCUGCGUUCCGGGGAGCUCACCCGACGUCCUUCAGGACCUUCAGUAGCACCCGGGGUUGUGAAUCCCUACUUCCAGCCCAGCCAUAAUAUGCCGGCGUCGGUGCAUGAUUCGCUGCGAACCAUCCAACAGGGCCAGGCGCAGCUGAGAGUUGCUGCAGCCCGAGGACUUGUGCCAGGUCGAACUGUUCCGAAUCUGCCUGGAGUGGGCCUGAAUGGCAGCCAGCAGGGCAGCAGCGACCGCUUCUCCCUGCUGGGCCUGCUGAGCGUCAUCCGUAUGACUGACGAGGACCUGGCGAUGUUAGCCCUGGGGCAGGACUUAACCACCCUGGGCUUGAAGCUGGACCAGGUGGGCUCUGACUUGCACAAGACAUUCCUUUCGCCCUGGUCGGACCACCAGCUUCCGGGCGCAGCCCCGGACGUCAAGGUGCCGCGCUGUUACCUGAACCCGCCUGAGAAGCUGCGAUCCGAGUACCUGACUAAAUUCAAGGAUGAAACCCUGUUUUACCUGUUCUACUCGAUGCCGGGGGAGGAGGCCCAGCACCUGGCGGGGUAUGAGCUGACGCGGCGUGGUCUGGUGUGGCACAAGGACCAUAAGGUGUGGAUGAUGCGGCUGCCAAACGCCCAGUUGCAGAAGUCUCCGGAGGGUUGGGAGCGGGGCUCAUACAUCUUCUUCGACACUGACGACUGGAAGUACUCAAGGAAGGACAACUUCGUGCUGAAGUACGAGGCGCUUGAGGCGGCGCCGACACUGCCACAGCGGGGAAACCCUGCCAGGGCAGCUGCCAUCUUGGCGCAGCAGAACGUGCCAACGGGGGCCACGGGGGCCACGGGGGCCACGGCAGGUGGGGCGCCCAUCAUGGUGCCUGCCAAAUGA